AUGCUUCACUUUCUUGCAAUCAAACCUGCAACCCUCUGAACCUUCUCUUCUCUCCACCAUGAUGAGGUUCAUUCUUUUCUUCUCUUCCUUCUUGUUUGUUGUUUCUGCACUAAACUCCGAUGGGGUGGCUCUCUUGUCACUCUUGAAGCAUUGGACAUUGGUGCCUCAUUUCGUAAACUCUACCUGGGUUCCCUCUCAUUCCGCUCCAUGCUCAUGGGUAGGAGUUCGAUGUGACCAUACCCACCGUGUGGUCUCCCUUAACCUCACUGAUUCUGGAAUUGUUGGUCAAUUGGGACCUGAAAUUGGAAACUGUAGUCGCCUAGAGUACUUAGACCUUGCCGGUAACAACCUUAGCGGUCAGAUACCUCACAGCUUCAAAAACUUGCACAAGCUCAAGAUACUAAGCCUUUCCUAUAAUCUACUCACCGGUGAAAUUCCAGAUUUCUUGACUCAAAUCCCUCAACUAUAUCUUGUUGAUCUGUCUCACAACAGUUUAAGUGGUUCCAUUCCCACAAGUAUUGGGAACAUGAGCCAGCUCUUGAUGUUGUAUCUUCAGGGUAACCACUUGUCUGGGACAAUUCCCUCAUCCUUCGGAAACUGCAGUAAGCUACAAGAAUUGUUUUUGAAUAAAAAUGAGUUGCAGGGCGUCCUGCCUCUGAGUCUAAACAAUCUCAAUGAUCUUACUUAUUUAGAUGUCAGCAGAAAUAGUCUUAGAGGUACCAUUCCAUUGGGUUCUGGGAGUUGUAAAAAUUUACAGUUUUUGGAUCUCUCAUUCAAUGUGUUUAGUGGAGGCGUUCCCUCAAGCUUGGGGAACUGUACUAGUUUAUCACAAUUUGGAGCUGUCCACUGCAACUUAGUUGGGAAUAUUCCAACCUCCAUAGGCCUGCUCACCGAGCUUUCUCUUCUACGCCUUCCUGAGAAUCAUUUAACUGGAAGAAUACCUCCAGAAAUUGGUAACUGCAAGUCCUUGGAAGAGUUACAUUUGUAUUCCAAUCGACUUGAGGGAAAGAUUCCAAGUGAACUGGGAAAACUAAGUGAACUAAAGGAUCUUGAAUUGUUUUCCAAUCAACUGACCGGUGAGAUUCCACUUAGCAUCUGGAAGAUUAAAGGUCUUCAGUAUCUCCUAGUGUAUAACAACAGCCUUUCUGGAGAAUUGCCUUUGGAGAUGACAGAGCUCAAGCAUCUGAAGAACAUCUCAUUGUUUGACAACCACUUCUCUGGAGUCAUACCUCAAAGCUUGGGAAUUAACAGCAGUUUAUUACAGUUGGACUUCACAAAUAACAAGUUCAGUGGUAACAUUCCACCAAAUCUGUGUUUUGGCAAGAAGUUAAGCAUCCUGAAUAUGGGCAUCAAUCAACUUCAAGGCACCAUACCUCCUGAUGUUGGAAGCUGUCCAACUCUUAGAAGGUUAAUUCUUAAACAAAAUAAUUUUACUGGACCUCUUCCUAAUUUUAAAGGCAAUCCGAACCUCGCAUAUAUGGACAUCAGCAAUAACAAAAUCGAUGGAGCAAUUCCAUCAAGCUUGGGAAACUGCAGACAUCUCACUGACUUGAUCUUGUCCACAAACAAUUUUUCAGGGCUUAUACCCUCUGAGCUGGGGAACCUUGUGAAUCUUAGGACUUUGAAUCUUGCUCACAACAACUUAGAAGGUCCUUUGCCCUCUCAACUGUCAAACUGUACCAAUAUGGACAGGUUUGAUGUUGGAUUCAAUUUCCUAAAUGGUUCAUUGUCGUCAAGUUUACAGAGUUGGACAGGACUAAGUGCUUUAAUUUUAAGUGAGAAUCACUUUUGCGGGGGCAUCCCAGCGUUCUUGUCGGGAUUUAAGAAGCUUUCUGAACUACAACUUGGUGGCAAUAUGUUUGGAGGAAGAAUUCCCGGAUCCAUUGGAGCAUUGCAGAAUUUGGACUAUGGUUUGAAUCUAAGUUCUAAUGGGCUGAUAGGUGACAUCCCUGUGGAGAUUGGAAAACUGAAAAUGUUGCAAAAACUGGAUCUAUCUCAGAACAAUUUGACAGGAAGCAUAGAAGUUCUUGACGAACUCCUUUCAUUAGUUGAAGUCAAUAUUUCAUACAAUUCCUUUUACGGUCCUGUACCAAAGAUGCUAACGAAGUUGCUCAAUUCUCCCUUGUCAUCAUUUUUGGGUAAUCCUGGCCUAUGUAUCAAUUGUUCACCGUCAGAUGGCUUGGCUUGCACAGAAAGCAGCUACAUAAAGCAAUGUGAAAAUAAAUCAACUAAACAGAAAGGCCUCAGUAAAGUUGAAAUUGUGAUGAUAGCGCUUGGGUCCUCAAUAUUUGUUGUUUUGCUGUUGCUGGCAUUAGUUUAUAUUUUUUCUUUUGGCAGAAAAUCUAAGCAGGAAGUCCAUAUCUCUGCUAAAGAGGGUUCUUCGUCCCUUCUUAACAAAGUCAUGGAGGCUACGGAAAACCUAGAUGAUCGGUAUAUUAUUGGCAGAGGAGCCCAUGGAGUUGUUUAUAAAGCCCUGAUAGGUCCAGACAAAGCUUAUGCUGUAAAAAAGCUAGGAUUUGCUGCGAGCAAAGGUAAGAACCCGAGCAUGGUCAGGGAAAUUCAAACCCUUGGGAAGAUUAGGCAUCGAAAUCUGGUCAAAUUAGAAGAUUUUUGGUUGAGAAAAGAUUAUGGUCUAAUUUUGUACAGCUACAUGCCAAAUGGAAGCCUUCAUGAUGUUUUACAUGAAAAGACUCCGCAGCCAACUUUAGAGUGGAAUGUCCGGUAUAGGAUAGCUAUUGGAAUUGCCCAUGGAUUGGAUUAUCUCCAUUAUGACUGUGAUCCUCCCAUAGUGCACCGAGACAUCAAGCCAAAGAAUAUACUUCUGGAUUCUGAUAUGGAGCCUCACAUUGCUGACUUUGGUAUUGCCAAACUGUUGGAUCAGUCUUCUACUUCAUAUCCUUCCAUUUCUGUGCCUGGUACAGUUGGUUAUAUUGCACCAGAGAAUGCUUAUACAACAGCAAAUAGCAGGGAGUCUGACGUAUACAGUUACGGGGUAGUUUUGCUUGAGCUGAUAACGAGAAAGAAAGCAGUAGAUCCCUCAUUCAUGGAGGGUACUGAUAUAGUGAGUUGGGUUUGGUCUGUGUGGAGGGAAACGGGAGAAAUUAAUCAAAUUGCUGAUUCAAGCCUUGCAGAGGAAUUUCUAGAUUCCCAUAUAAUGGAAAAAGUUACUAAAGUGCUUAUGGUGGCUUUGAGAUGCACUGAGAAGGAUUCACACAAGAGACCCACAAUGAGAGAUGUUACCAACCAAUUAUCAGAUGCUAAUCCGCGGACAACAAGUACAAAGGGCUAGAUUUUAAAAUGUUUCUUAAUUGUAUCUAUGAUCAUGAAUUAUGAUAGCUGUUUUGUAGCAUGUAUUUUGGUUGAGUCUCUGUGCAUGCGUUUUAUGUAUGUAUCAUGAAUUUGGCGAUGCAGAAUGUAGGGGAAAAUUCCGUAGGCAAGCUAUAGCUAAAAGUAACGAAUACUAGUUGUGCCCAUUUGAAUCUUAGUGGCGAAAUACUUUUCAAUGUGUUGAUUC